AUGAAGCAGUUCAAGCUACCGAAAGUAAUUAAACGCAAAGCAGGACACUCCAAGAAUAGGGAUGUCCGCAAUGAUAAGGAGCACAAGAUGGCGGAAGCACUAAAUCAAGGUGGAAUGGCUAACACCUCAAAUAAUGUGAAACAGCCAUCCCCUUCGGAGGCUCGAAAGCUGCACGAGAAUAUGGAGCAGCCAUGUGCGAAAGCACUUAAAGGUCAGAUGGAAUUUGGGUACCGAAAGCGAUCCCAUUCCAUGGAACAGGUGCCCUACGAGGACAUGGACCAGCAAUGGUCGAAGGAGGUGACAGACACACUAAACACGAACCAUUCCAAAUCGAAUGAGCCGGAGCAAGAGCCAUCCGAAAGCCAGGAGCCCGGCGAAGGCAUGGCCGAACCUUGUGGCCAGAUGACAGGCGCGUCCAACAAGAAGUCGCGUAACAAAAUGCCCAACCUGAGGCGGAUAGCGCGAAUGCCAUCGCUGUCCGAGUGCGAUCAGCUCCACGAGGAUAUAAGAGCCCAGUUGGCGGAGGUGGAUCGUCUUUGCGAUAACAAAAGCGAGCGAAGUAGCGCUAGAAUUGAGCACUCCGGCGAUCAGAGUCCUGGCAGGGCAUCCACCAAGUCGAACGAAGUGGAAGAGCAGACCAAUGGAGACUCCUCCCAGGGCAAUUUGUAUUGCGACGACGAUGGUAGUAAUGGAUACGAACGGGAAGAGUGCGCCGACGACUAUGUGUAUGGUGGCUAUCAUCCGGUGUCCAUUGGCGAUGUCUUCGCGAGCCGCUAUCAUGUCAUCAAAAAGCUGGGCUGGGGUCACUUCUCCACCGUGUGGCUGUGCUACGAUUGCAGGAUGAAGCGGUACUGUGCCGUCAAGGUGAUCAAGUCGGCGCUGGAGUACACGGAAACCGCUUGCGAUGAGAUCAAGCUCUUUUCCGCCAUCGACAAGUAUGAGAGCCAUAAGUACAGAUGCAAGCUGGUCGGCUUCUACGAUCACUUUCAUAUCACCGGACCGAACGGCACACACACGUGCCUGGUGUUCGAGGUCCUCGGUGACAAUCUGUUGAGCGUCAUCGAGAGGACCGCAUACAAGGGAUUGCCCCUCUGCAACAUCAAACAGAUAGCCCGGCAGAUCCUCACGGGCCUGUACUUUUUGCACAACAAGUGCCGCAUCAUACACACCGACCUGAAGCCGGAGAACGUGCUCCUGGUGGCCAACGAUGUCACCAUUCGGGCCCAGGUCAGCCAAGCAAUUGACAAGUAUUUAAAGGUCCACGAGGAGCGGCAAAGAACGGGACACAUCCCGCCACGUGCCAACGAGGGCGUUGCCUCUCCCGACAGGUCCAAGAAGACCAAGUCGGCCAAGAGACGGAUGCGUGCGAGGACCAAGAAAGUAAUAUCGUUCUUCAAGAGUCAUCGCCGCUUGCUCCGCAUGCAGGGCAUCCAGGAUCUACUGCGUCUGUCCGAACGAGGCCUCCUCUCGCCACUCAUGGCCUCCAAGGCCGUCACCGAUAAGCUGCCCUUCUUGCCCUUCGGCUUCGACGGGCUGAAGAUACUCAACGAUGACGAGGUGGCCACUGUGCAGAACUUGGCGCCGGUCGAGCAGGUGGGCGAUGUGCCAGCCACUCAUCCAAAUGUGGAGCGGGACAACAACAACAACAACAACAAUGACGACGAAGAGUUUCUGGACUCGGAAUGCAAUAACGUGGACAUGCUGCUAAAGAAUCCGGCAUAUUUCAUGCGAUACGUGAUGUACAAGGUCGUGCAAUCGGAUGAGAAGGAGCGCAGCACCCAGCAUAGGAGGCGGUUUUCGCAGUCCAGUGGACGUGGCCACAAUAAGAAGAAAUCGAGCUGCCGAUCGAGAUCUGCAUCGCAAGUUUCACAUUUGACUGAAUCCUGUGGCCUACCGAUAAGCGAGCCCAGCUUGAGCAAACUUAACCCCAAGGACCCGGCCACCGAGGAAUGCGAGGUAAUGGUGAAGAUAGCCGACUUGGGCAAUAGCUGUUGGUUCGAUCACCACUACAACGAUGACAUCCAGACCCGUGAGUACCGUGCCCUGGAGGUGAUCCUCGGUGCGGGAUACACAGAGACCGCCGACAUCUGGAGCGUGGCCUGUCUGUUAUGGGAGCUGGGCACCGGGACCUAUCUAUUUGAUACCCAUUCGAAGCGGGGCAAGUACAAUUUGGAUGAGGCACACAUAGCCAGGAUCGUGGAGACCUGCGGCAUCGUGCCCAACGAUCUGGUCAAGAAGGGCAUAUACUCGUCAAAUUUCUUCAGGAGCACCGGCCAACUAUGCCAUAUCCCCAUCUUGAAGACCCGUAAACUGUCCACUGUCCUGGUCAACGAGCAUGGAUGGUCGCAUAGCGAUGCCAAGGCAUUCGUGGCCUUUCUCACGCCCAUGCUGAACACCAAUCCUCAGCUCCGCGCCUCCGCUCGCAAGGCCUUGGGUCACCCCUUUUGCAAGCAGUUGUGCCCCCGAUAUUGUGCUCAUAAAAAAAACAAUAGCAGUAACAGUAACAGUAACAGUAACAAUAACAGUAACAGUAACAGCAAUAGUAACAGGAGCAAUAGAAGUAACAGUAGCACCAACAUUAGCUCAAACAGUAGCUUUAACAGUUACACUAACAGCAACAGCGACAGUGAUAGUGUCAGGGACAAGGACAGCAGCAGCGACAAGGAUAGCAACAGCGGCGAGGACAGCAAACACCACAAGGACAACAACAGCGACAAGGACAGCAACACCAACAGCAACAGCAACUGCAACAGGGAUAGCAGCCGCGACAAGGACAGCAAUAGCAACAGCGACAAGAUCCAUGGCUGGAUUGGAUUGGAUCGCAUCGGAUCGGUAAUUAGUCGUCUGGAACUGGACGAAUUGGCUCAGUGA